CUUAGUCCAGAACUACUAACGGCGUGUUAAGCGCAGCUCUUCGCUCCCCCACUUCUUGCUCUCACACCCACCAUGGCCCAUUCGUGCUGCGAUCCUCCACAGCACGAGAAUGCUCCUGCUGAUGAUUCAAAAACUUCUAGGGGCUACGGACAUGCUGCAGAGGCCAUUGAACAAACUCCAAGUUCUCAGGGGAACUCUACGUGUUGCGAAGACGACAAGUGCAAAUGCGACGACGGCUGUUUUGAGAAGCUCGCGCGGGCUAUAUGCGCGGACGACACGGCGCAUAUCCACGAUCACAAAGGGAGAGAUAUCGAUGUGGCCAGUCUCAGCGCCUGCAGCACUUGCGUUGGCAGCGAGUUUUCCACCGAGCUUAACGCCGCUCCUACGGCGCCCCCAGCGAGGCCGUGCACCCACAUUGGUUUGAGGAGGCGCAAGUCUCCCCGUGUUGAAGGCGAUAGCGUCGAUGCCACCCCUUUCCCCUCGGAAGCGUGUGGGGAGCACAGAACCUUUGCUCGCAAGCGCUAUCAGCAGACCCUCGCCGCAUUCGGUUGCGUCUGCAAAGCGCUGCUAUCGUACGGCCUGCAGUCCUGCUGCACCAACGUGAACGCUGCCAAGGGGCGUGCGCCAUCUCGCAGCAUCCGUCCCCAUUCUAGCCGGAAGUCGCUCAUUCCCUCCACGAAGAGUCGCGUCUCCGUUGACUCCUGUUGCAAGGGUGGCGGCUGUUGCGACGGAGGGAGUGAUGCCACCAGCCACUGCCAACACCAUGUGUCCCUCGUGAAGUCGGUGCGUCGUUCCGUCGACUCUUGCCGCACCGGAGCCGAGAGUUCGUGCGGUGGCUGUCAGGACUCUUGCUGUGGAGGCGACAAGGGCGUUGGCUGCCAGGAUUCAGAAGGCGACGCCGGCUGUCAGGACUCCUGCUGUGGAGGCGGCAAUGACGCUGGCUCGCAGGCUUCCAUCAAGGACAGGUGCUGCGACGGACCAGACGAGAAGUGCGGGGCAUUCGCACUCGACGUCGAGCUGGGUACGCUCGAGAAGGGAACGGGUACCACCAAUGAACAUGCUGUGCUCGCCGUGCGAGGCAUGACUUGCUCGGGAUGCGAAAGCAAGCUCGCCCGUGUGCUCAGGGCGCUCCCUACAGUGCGCAAUGUCAAGACUAGUCUGGUGCUCUGUCGCGCCGAGUUCAGCUUCGAUGACGGCGCCACCACCCUGCAGGCCCUGAUUCAGACUAUCGAACAGCGCACUGGCUUCUCGGUCGAGGCCAUCAACGCAGGCAAGUCGCAUGAGCUGCGAUUGCUGGUUGACCGAGCGAAAUGCGAGGACCUCCUGGCCAUGCCUCUCCCGAAGGGAGUGGAGAACACAGCUCGUCUAGACAAAGAUACGGUCGUCGUCUCCUACGAUCCUCGCCUCAUUGGCGCGAGACAAGUCAUCCUGGCUUACGCCGCCUUUGCGCCCUCGCUCGCACAGGAACCCCGCGACCCCGCGAUGACAGCUGGCCUUAAACACAUCCGCACGCUCACACUCCGCACGAUCGCCUCCGCGGCUCUGACCAUCCCGGUGCUCGUGAUGGCCUGGGCGCCGCUGCCCUCCUACCCUCGCGCCUACAACAUCGCCUCCCUCGUACUCGCGACGCUCGUCCAGACGCUCAUCACGGGCCCGAUCUACCUCAGCGCGUUCAAAAGUCUAUUCUUCGCGCGCGUAGUCGAGACGGACCUCCUUGUCGUCCUGAGCACGUCCGCGGCGUACGUGUAUUCAGUCGUCGCGUGCGCGUUCGCGCUCGCCGGCCGCCCGCUGGCGUCCGGCGGCUUUUUCGAGACGAGCACCCUCCUCGUGACGCUCAUCGUCCUCGGCCAGCUCGUGAGCGCGUAUGCGCGCCAGCGUGCGAUGGAGACGAUCUCGAUUCGGACGAUGCAGCGGGGAAUGGCGAGACUCGUGCGCCCGGACGGCACGGAGGAGGACGUGGAUGCACGGCUGCUCCAGUACGACGACGUGUUCAAGGUCGAGCCUGACUCGAUGGUGAUCACGGACGGCGUGGUGUUCGCGGGCCAGAGCGAGAUCGACGAGUCCAUGAUGACCGGAGAGUCGAAGCCCGUCGUGAAAGUCGUUGGGAGCGCAGUGAUUGCUGGUACCGUCAAUGGCCCGAGCACCCUGCUCGUCACCGUCUCGCGGCUUCCUGGCGGAAACACCAUCAGUGAGAUCGCGGAAAUGGUCGACGACGCGAGGUUCUCCCGCGCAAAGGUGCAGGCUAUCGUCGACCGCGUCGUCGGGUGGUUCGUCCCCGUCAUCGUGGCCGCAGCUGUCAUUACGUUCGUCAUUUGGCUUGCAGUCGGCCGCGCAGUUCAGGAGCGGACAGGUGGGGACGCUGCGGCUACAGCACUGACGUACGCAAUUGCCGUGCUAGCUGUCUCGUGCCCUUGUGCUGUCGGUCUGGCAGUACCUAUGGUCAUCCUCAUCGCAGGUGGAGUCGCUGCGAAGCGGGGGCUAGUGUUCAAGGCGGCUACCACCAUCGAGACUGCCCGCAAAAUCACUCACGUCGUCUUCGACAAGACUGGGACACUGACGCAAGGCAAGCUCAGCGUGGUCGCAAGCGAUGUCUGGCCCACGGAGGAGUUUGACGUUCAUGCAGCAAUUCUCGAGUUGGUCAAGGACAACCGGCACCCUGUCGCCCGCGCCGUCUCUGAGCAUAUGAAGGCUCGCAUAGACACGUCGCUGACUGCCAAGCUGGACCAGGUUGAGCUGAUCACUGGGAAGGGCGUACAGGGUCGUAUCUCAGGAGGCUCCCUUUUGGGCGGUAACCCAUCUUGGCUGAUUGUCGAGGAUCACCCUGCGGUCAAGCCGAUGCUCCUCCAAGGUCUCACUGCUUUCUGCGUCACUUUCAACGGGCGACUCGUCGCUGCCUUUGGUCUGGAAGACACGCUCCGCCCUGAAUCGCUCGCUGUCUUGGACUCCCUUCGCAGGCGCAACAUCCGCAUUUCUAUCCUCAGCGGCGAUCAUCGCGCCGCUGUGGAGAAGGUCGCCACCGCCCUGGCCAUCCCCAGGGAGAACUUCGCAGCCGGAUGCAUGCCCGCGCACAAGCAAGCAUACAUUGCUUCGCUGACAGCCAAGGGCGAGCGUGUGCUCUUCUGCGGAGACGGUACGAACGACGCCGUUGCCCUAGCGCGCGCCGACAUCGGUGUGCACCUGCACACUGGCGAGGGUGCCGGCUUCGCUGCGUCGUCCGCCGCGGACGUUGUGCUGCUCAAUCCUUCCCUCAGUGGCAUCCUGACGCUCCUGCAGCUGUCAGACGCGGUCGCGCGGAGGAUCAUGCUCAACUUCGGGUGGUCGGCGGUGUACAACUUGGUCGCGAUCUUGUUCGCUGCUGGCGCCUUCGUCAACGCGAGGCUUCCCCCGGCUUAUGCUGGUCUAGGAGAGAUCGUGAGCGUGUUGCCGGUCGUGUUGGUGGCACUGCAGCUUAGGUGGUUCAACCCCAAGGCUGCGAUGUGAUUGACUUGCGUGAUCGCCAGGUUACAGUGCUUGUAUUCGUCAAUUUCCCCUCCUCCCCUCCUCAACUUCGUAUGUGAUUGAUUUCCUGUUAUGUCGCUUUAGAUGAGUGGUUCACGAUGCUAAAUGACCCGCUGGGCACAGUGUAUCCGGUCCUAGACGAUGAAUGUAUUAUUUCC